CUCAGCCUCUCUCAAACAAAGCAAAUUAUAAUUUCUUCACUUACCGGAAAACAAAAACUUUGACUAAAAACAACGAACAAUGGCAAAUUCCUUUGGUGUCGUUGUCGAUAAUGAUAAAUUGGAUGAAAUGGAGAGAUAUAUUGGCAAAACAAAAACCCAGGAAGAUAGAGCAAGAGAAGCUAUUCAUCUGAUUAAUGAAGACGAUAAGGACGCAAAAGCUGCAAAAUAUGUAGAUACUGUGAAGGAGUAUUAUGGUUCGGGUGUUUCCACGUUGUGCCUAGUGUACAACGCAACUGGAGAGACUAUCUCUUAUGUUACCGACCAUGACUGGUAUGGCUUCAUUAGCCGAACUCCGUAUCCUACGGAGAUCGGUAAUGGCCAAUGGGGAGCCUUUCAGCAUGUCCAUAACACCGGUGAAGCCUCCGGUUCUGAAGGUGCGGUCGUGUACCGCGGCAAGAACGCGGAUGGAAAUUACUGUGACUUUUUGCUUGCUUGGUCUACACCUUGGGGAACUUGGUACAAAAACAAGGCUUACUGUGAGCUGGGUGCAGUUGGCAGUUUUCCAGGACGUUGGGGUGAUAUAUAUGAUAACAUAAAUAAUGGCGAUUAUUCCGAUAAAGUUGACAGGGAUGGGAUCAAGAUAAAUGUUGAUACUGCUACCGGCGGAGCUCCAGUGUUUAAGGCAAUCAUCAAGAUCCCUUUUAGUCCAUGAUCAUCAAUAUCACGAUGGAAGAGAAGUCUCAACUCUCAAUAAAUUGUUAUUUUUCUCGUGUUUGUAUUAUCACUUGUUAGUUCACUUAUUUCCUGUGUUGUGUGUCCAUUUGGAAUUACUUUUGUAUCAUGUGUAUAAUAAGCUUCAGUAUGAAUAAUUGUGUAACUUGUUUGUUAUUAGAUGCUUUUCGUUGAGCAACUUGUACUUUUGUAUCAAGUGUAUGAGCUUCAGUAUGAAUAAUAUUUGUGCAACUUGUUUGUUAUUA